AUGCCGCCCCCGUCCCCAGAAUCAGGAUCUACCAAUGACCCGGCAAGAUCUCAACGCAUCAACGCCCUCAAGACAACAAUCGAAACCCUCCUCACAUACGACCCCGAAGCCUUGAAACAAUACUAUCCCGACGAAAGCUUUUUGCAGAACCGCGAUCGCUUCGAGGUGUGGUACAGGAGAGAACAUGUACAAUUAUCUCAAAUUCAAGGCAAGCUCAAGGCAUCUCUUGGAAAGUACGCAGAUAUUUUUGGAUAUUUGACAAUCGAGGAGCGAGUUUUCGCCGGUAGGCAUUAUGCUGUAAACGAAUGGGAUGCACAAACCGCCAGCAGGGAAUUUGAGCUGUACAUUAAAGACAAAGAUGGGAAGUUGGUGGAGAAGGCUGUGUGGUCGCAUAGUGUUGAAACACCACGCGUGGAAAACGAAGUGAAGGAGUCGUUUGGUGAGCAAAAGCAUUAUUGUGCUUGA